AUGGAUAUCCUACGGAAGAAAAAGAUUAAAAAUAUCAAUCGCCCUGGGACCACCACUGCUGGUGAUUGUGAGAACCCCGACAGUCUUUUGCUGAGCUGCAGGGAGAGCAAGUUCAUUUGGAUUCAGGUAGAUGAGAAGAGGGGAGAAGAGAGAAGAGAAGAGGGGAGGGAGGAGGAGAAAAGAGAAGAGAAGAGAGAGAAAGAGAAGAGAAGAGAGAAGAGUGAGAAAGAUUGGAGAGAAAGGGAGAGGAGAGGACACGACAGGAGAGAGGGGAAGGAAUGGGAAAGGAAGGGAGAGGAGAGGAAGGGAGGGGAGAUGAGGGAGAAAAGGUAG